AUGACGCGGAGUGAAAUAAAUGAGGCAUGUCUCAAUGCCACAUUCAGUGCCGAAGAAGUUAUCGAAGAACUGAAAAAUGUUCUCGAUAAAAACAUCACAAAUCCACAGACCAUCGGAAAUAUAAUUAAUAUUGUUAAAAAUUCUAUUGUGCAAGCAUCAUGGCAGCAAAGUGUUGAUCAAAUUAAUAAGAAAUUAGAUGAUUACGUUAAAACUCUGCUUGAUAUUGCAAAUCAAAGACCAACAACUUCAGAUCCACAACAAGAAGAAAUAAGAAUCAUGGAUAUGGUCGGUGACAUUAUAUCAUAUAUACAGAUUAGAGGCGGAUUGGAUGCUGAUGGCGCUGUUAGAGAGCAAAUUCUUCCAGAUUUCAUGGUAGCAUUCAAUUUGGAACUUGAAAUGUUGAGGAGAAUCAAAUGGCCUGAUUUUAAUCACAAAUCUUAUCUCAGAUUGCGAAAAACUGCCAUUAAUUUAUUUUUUACAACAUUUGCUCACCUAAUCAAUCAAAAUGCUACACAUUUCGAGAACGCCGAGUCAUUAUACAAGUGUCUCCAAAGCAUGGUUGAGCUGGAUAGCAAUGGAAACUUUCCUGAAUUGUUAAUUCCUCCAAUUCGUCGAUUUUAUCGAAUUGUACAAGCAGAAUUCUACUCUCGUUACCUUUCUCUAUCACAGCUACAAGCUUGCGUUAAGCUAAUGAUGCUUACAGACAUUGAUUUUACAAAACAAAUUCAUAAUCUUCCAAAUGAUCCAAAAAAGUUCCAGAUCCUUCAAAAAAGCAUUCAUGACUUUGAUAAAAACUCGUCAAAGGCAGAAUUCAUAAGAAAUGAGUUAAGAGAAUGCGCGGAAAAGUCAGAUAAUGUUGAUAUUCUUGCUUUUGCGAGAAAGAACAUUCCAUCAGAGAAAAUUGAGAUCAGAUUCAUGACAAAGCUCGCUGAAGUGUCUUCAAAAUGGUUAAACGCUCUUCUUUUGCCGGAUUAUAAGGAAGCAAGAUAUUAUUACAAACAAUUUCAGACUCUGACCAACCUUUUAAGUCCAACAGAUAAAGAUGACGUCUACGAAUCUAUUGCUUCGUCUGAUUUGGGUCCAGUUUUCAAAUCUCAGAAAUUUGCAUUAAAAGAAGAAGAACCUAUGAUGAAAGAAAUACGUGCAAUCAUUGCUUACGUUCCUUAA